AUUUUUGUUAUCUGAUUAGUGUUCUCUCUGCAUGCAGGUAAAAUACCGAUGGUUUUGUUUGGCCUUUCGUCAAUGGAAACACUACUUCUAUCGUUUAACGAACUUAACGGAACUCUAGAUGACAUUCCAGACCCAUUAUCUUCUUUCCUGUACUUUAUUGACUUAAGAAGUAACAGCCUUAAUGGACAUAUCAGCAAAUCUUUCUUUGAUAUGACGAGACUUGAAGUUCUCUGGCUUGGGUCAAAUCAGUUCAAAGGAAUAGUGGAACUUAGCCUUCUUUGGAAGCUCCGGGCACUUGAUUCAUUAGAUCUCUCCAAUAAUAUGGUAUCAGUGAUAGAUGUUGAGGAUGGCUAUCCAAUUCCUUACCUCCAUAAGAUAACAGACCUACUUUUAGCAUCUUGCAACCUUACAAAAAUUCCAGUUGCAUUGACAUAUGUCAGUGAGAUGUCUAACUUGGACCUCUCAAACAACAGAAUAGAUGGAGCCAUACCAAGUUGGAUAUGGGUGAACUGGAAGGAUACUAUAUCCUUUCUGAACCUCUCAAACAAUAUGUUCACUAGCCUAGAAAACUCUCCAUCUGUUAUUCAUGUGAACAGUUUACAAUUUCUCGAUCUUAGUUCCAACAAACUGCAUGGCAGUGUACCUAUACCACUCACAGCUAACACGUGGGUUCUGUUAGAUUACUCAAAGAAUAGCUUCUCUUCUAUUAUACCCGACUUCGGAUGUAUGCUCCAAACAAUAGAUAUAAACAGCAACCGAAUUGAAGGGAAAAUACCCAGAUCACUAUCUAACUGCAGAAGUUUAGAGAUUCUUGACAUUGGUAGCAAUGGAAUUCAUGAUUGUUUUCCCUAUUGGUUGGGUAAAAUGUCCAAUCUCCGGAUUCUCAUCUUGAGAUCUAAUCAAUUCUAUGGCUCAAUACAAGGCCCUACUGAAUUUGAUGCAAACAGUAAGCACUUCUCGGGUUUGCAGAUUAUUGAUUUGGCCUCAAAUAACUUUUCUGGGAGCUUGAAUUCAAAAUGGUUUGACAGGCUAGAAACAAUGAUGACCAAUUCUAGCGGUGAGGGUAAUGCUCUGGUCAUUGGCAAAAAUAUUCCUGGAGAUAAUUACUACCAUGAAAGCCUCACAUUCAAAGGGAUUGAUCUUACAUUUACCAAGAUCUUGAGUACUUUUAAGAUGAUUGACUUCUCAAACAACGCAUUUGAUGGCCCCAUUCCAGAAUCAAUUGGGAAGCUUAUUGCUCUACAUGGCCUGAACGUGUCACAUAACUGCUUCACUGGAGGAAUCCCAUCAAAGCUUGGUGAAUUGGCUCAGCUCGAGUCACUGGACCUAUCUCGGAACAAGUUCUCAGGGCUGAUCCCACAGGAGCUAGCCACCCUAACAUAUCUUGCAGUGCUGAAUCUCUCCUACAAUGAUUUGACAGGAAUGAUACCACAAGGGCCACAGUUCUCAUUGUUCGCCAGCAGCUCAUUCAAAGGCAAUGAAGAAUUGUGUGGAAAGCCACUAUCCAAACAGUGCAACAGUUCAGGCACGGGAAACCUGAACUCAUCAGUGUCUUCAAAAGAUAGUGUUGGGACCAUACUGUUGUUUGCGUUUGUGGGAUCCGGGUUCGGAGUUGGCUUUGCUGUGGCACUUGUGUUAUCAGUGGUUUGGCAGGCCAAACGGUGGAACUGCAGUUGUUUCCUGUUUCACCGGUGAUGGUGCUGUAACUUGGAUGUCCGGGUGUUUUUGUGUGCCACAUGAGCUUGUACGGAUCUACUACCUUUUACUUUUAAAGCUAAUCAUGCACUUUUGCUC